CGUCCAAACAAACGUCCUCAAUGUGGGUACAUCGCUUGCAUUAUCAAAAUGAAGUGAUGUAGGUGCAGUGAGUGCAGUGCAACAGGUUAAAGUUACAAAUUGCUCUUUUGGUCAACAGUGUUUGGUUCUAUUUUGUCAAAAAUUAAACGCAUUCUUAUCACAGCUGUCAUUUUUAUUUACUGUCAAUAUGUGUCAGUUAAACAAAACUGUCAAACAAUUUAAUGCUUUGACGUGUCGUCCUGGAACAAUUUACGUGUGUUUCUCUAUUUUAUGAGAUGAUUUCGCAUUAUUAAUAUCUGUGUUGGAUAUAUAUAGUGUAGUGGGUGGCCUGCGGAAUGGAUUUCCUGAAAAGCGGUCUGAAGACCGUCCUUGGGGCGCCCGAGCCCGGACAACAACCUUCAGCCGCCGAAACGGUGGAGCGCCUAGUGGAUCGAGUGAACAACUCCACGCUUCUAGAAGACCGCCGCGAUGCGUGCCGCGCGCUCAAAGCCAUGUCUAGGAAGUACAGAGUGGAAGUGGGGGCACAGGGCAUGGAUACAUUGAAACAGGUGUUAGAACUAGACAGGGCUGACAGCGAAACAAUAAACUAUGCUCUGGACACACUCAACAACAUAAUGUCACCCUCACAAUUCGAAGAAGAAGAAGACAACCCUAACAUCCCCAUUAACAUCGGAGAACAAUUCACUGAGAUGUUCAUAAAAGACAGCAAUAACAUACAAAUUGUUCUGGACUUACUCGACGAAUAUGAUUUUAGAGUAAGACUCUCUGUAGUGCAGUUACUGGUUUCAUUACUAACCAAUAGGCCGAAAGAUAUACAAGAAAUAGUUUUAGUUAAACCUAUGGCAGUAUCCAAAAUGAUGGAUUUGCUCGCUGAUUCCAGAGAAGUGAUAAGAAAUGAAGCGCUCUUGCUAUUAAUCAAAUUGACUAAAGGAAAUGCUAAUAUACAAAAGAUUGUUGCAUUUGAAAGUGCUUUCGACAGACUGUUUGAUAUUAUAUCCGUUGAGGGUUAUUCUGAUGGUGGUAUUAUAGUGGAAGAUUGUUUAUUAUUAAUGUUGAAUUUGUUGAAGAAUAACGGUAGUAAUAUAAACUAUUUCAAAGAAGGCAGAUAUAUGCAGAAGAUGUUACCGAUGUUUCAUACUCCAGAUGAGAAGGAAGACUUAGGUUGGUCUCCUCAGAAAGUGUCCAAUGUGCAUUGUAUGCUUCAAAUUGUGCGAACUUUAGUGUCGCCGAGUAAUCCGAUUCAGAUGAUAUCCAGUUGUCAGAAGAUAAUGAAGAAUCUUGGUUUGUUGGAUUGUUUGUGUAAUAUUUUGAUGGCGAGCGGGGUGCCGGCGGACAUAUUGACGGAGACGAUAAACACUGUGGGGGAGGUUGUGAGGGGGGAUGUGACGAAUCAGGACUUCCUGGGAAACGUGAUGGCCCCGUCGAACCCGCCGCGACCGGCCAUUGUGGUGUUGCUGAUGUCUAUGGUUAAUGAAAAACAGCCCUUCUCUCUGAGAUGCGCAGUCCUGUACUGCUUCCAGUGCUACCUGUACCACAACGAGAUAAGCCAAGCGAGUCUUGUCCAAACUCUACUGCCAUCUGCCACGGACGUGUCCAGUUUGAGCAGCGGGCAGUUGCUGUGUGGUGGGCUGUUCUCGUCCGACGUGCUGUCCAACUGGUUCGCGGCUGUGGCGCUAAUGCAUGCUUUGGCCGAUAAUCCCGUUCAAAAAGAACAACUGUUAAGGGUGCUGCUGGCUACCAAUAUAGGCAGUUCACCUGUCUCGCUCCUGCAUCAAUGCACACUGUUGCUGCAACAGACUACCAAGCUUCAGUCUAAGGUAGCUCUGCUGAUGCUGCUGUCAGUAUGGAUGAGCCACUGUCCCGCGGCCGUGAGUGCUUUCCUUCAGGUCCCCGGCGGAGUCGGGUAUCUCGUCAAUCAAACGUGUUCGAAUGAUCACGACGACAACGAGACACUGCUCCAAGGGCUCUGUGCGUUCCUGCUUGCCAUCUGUAUACACUUCAACGACGACAGUGUAGAGAGCUACGGCAAGGAGGCGCUGAGACAGCUCAUGCUUAAGAGGAUAGGUGUCGAGACAUUGACGGCGAAGCUCAGCGAAGUGACGAAGCAUGAGCUGUACAACCGCGCGGCGAAGCAUCCGCAGCUGAGAGUGAAGACGCCCAGCGAGAUACUCAUAGACUACGAGUUCUGCCGCCUCUUCAAGGUUCUAGAGAAUGUUCUCAUCCAAAGCCUGAUAGAGAAGAAGGAGAACGGGCUUUCGGAGUCCUCCCCUCCCGCGGCGGAAGGGGACACCCUCGAUCAGUACAAGACGCUGAUCCGACAACAGGACGCGCGGCUGCAGGAGCUCAUGCUGCAGCUGGAGGCGCUGCUGCAGCAGAACCAGUGCUUGCAGAGUGCCCUGAACGACGCCAUAGCAUCCAAGUCGCACCUCAAAGAUGAGAACACUUUGCUCAAAGCGCAAGUGUCGGCCAUCAAGAGUCCGACACAGAACGAGGCGCAGACGAGGGAACACGAAGCCAGGAUACAGGAACUGACGAGUCAAGUGGCGAUGCUUCGCAAUGAACUCCGGACAGCGGAAGAGAAACACAAACUGAGCCAGGAGGAGCUGGAGACGGUGAGGAAGGACCAAGACGACUUGCUGGUCCUCUUCGCCGAUCAAGACUUAAAACUAAAUGAAUACAAAAUGCGUCUGCUAUCACUCGGGCAGAAAGUCGACGACGAAGACAGCAGUGAGCCGCCCCAGCAGCUCACGUAACAGUCUAUACUUACCUUUGUCUAUGAUUCUUAUAAAAGACGUAAAAGAGUGUAGACUGCCACUAAUCGGAAUAAUAAUGGAAAUUGACGGUUUCCAUGAUAUUUUGAUUUUGUCGAAUUUGAAACCGAAAAAUGAUAUUUAUUUCUAAAGAAAACUGUUUCCAAUUUCCAGAUUAAAGUAUUAUUAAUUUGAAAGCAGUAAUUGUAUCAGCAUGAGGUAACCCUAUUGCUAGUCAAGACAUAGAAAACUAUAGAAGCGGAGUUAGCGUAGCCACGCGAGAUAGAACUAUCCAAUAACUUUUUUAAAAGCCGGCACACGUCGAGGGACAAAUAUCUUAGGGUUCUGAUUUUUUUUGAAAUUUAAUUUAUAUUUAGAGAACGAAAUAGAAGAUAUGGCGAUGUCUAUAAUCUUCACUGAUAAUGCUAGUGUUGUCUUUGUCUAACUAAAGCCUAAUUUUCAUUACGCUGGUGACAAGAAUACACUAGGCAACAUUUGACGCGCAACAUAUCACUCUAUCUCACGCAUUACCAUUGACUCUAGUGAAAUAGCACAUAGUCGAUCUUACUCAUGCAAAUUAAAAGGAAAGAGCGAUAUAUUGCGCGUCAAAUGUUCCCUUGUGUAUUCGUGGCUUAAAUAUUCAGGUGCCUUGUGAAGCUUUUGAAGAUUUGAAAAUCUUAUUUUUAUUCAUUGUAUAUAGAAAAUUAUAGUUACCUACAUAUGUAAUUGCACAUACUUUAUUUAUAGGGAUGUUAUGGUCAAUUUGUACAUAAAAGGUUUCGUUUGAAUUGUUUGUUAAAUUAAGUCAUUACAUUUUAUUUCUGGUUUGAAUUACAAAUCUUACAUUUUAGUACCUGGAUGCAUGUUUUUUAUAGUACAUAUCUAAUAAAUCAUAUACACAUGUCCACGUCAAAAUAAAUUAUUAUAUUGGUAUUACUUAAAAGGACAAACUACUGGCAUUUCGGAAAGAGAAUAGCUGAGAAGAAAAGUCGAAAAAAAAAACUAAUUUUAAGCGUUGGUCCCUACCACGCCAGAAAGGGCUAAACAUUGUAUUUUAUACUUUUUGUAGCAGUGAUAUAACAAAGCACAUGGUCAUUCUAUCACUGAUUACUUGAUCUACUCCGGUCUCUGAUUUAAUACAAGCUGAAAUGUAUAUGACGACCUCGGUGGCGCAGUGGUAAGGUUCUUGCCACUGAACCGAGAGGUCCCGGGUUCGAUCCCCGGUCGGGUCAUGAUGGAAAAUGAUCUUUUUCUGAUUGGCCCGGGUCUUGGUUGUUUAUCUAUAUAUGUAUUUGUUAUAAAAUAUAGUAUCGUUGAGUUGAGUAUCUCUUAACACAAGUCUCGAACUUACUUUGGGGCUAGCUCAAUCUGUGUGAUUUGUCCUUAUAAUAUUUAUUUAUUCGUUUAUAUGCAGCGUUUUUUUAUAGCUUUUAUUUCGCUUUUAAAAUGUCGCUGACGUGCGAACGUCGUUAGAAAUUGAGUACUUCAUUAAUGUUAUUUAUAUUUUAAGUAACUAUAGACAUUAAAUGAGUAAAUGCGUUUAA